CAUUUCGUUGUAAACACUGGUCAUCUACAAUGAAGCGCAGUUUAUUUUUUAUUCUUUUGUUAAAUAUUGCGUUAAAUAUUUGCCCGCCCAUACAGGGAGCAAAGAUUCUUUCUGUAUUUGGCUAUCCCGGACCAUCGCAAUAUUUCUUUAUAACACCUCUAUUAAAAGCCUUAGCUGAGAGAGGUCAUGAGGUUGUUUCGGUAUCCGUGUUCCCUCAAAAGGAGCCGUUGAAAAAUUUUCGAGAUAUUCCAGUGAUGACAAAUGCUCAUAUAUUUGAUGAAAUGACCGUCACUUUUGCCGAAGGCGAAAAGAAAUCAUUUAUAGAGGAAUUUCUGAAUUUGGCUCGUGCUGGUCAAGAAAUGGUUUCAAAUGUUUUUGAAAAUCCCGAAGUCCAAAAGAUGAUGGCCAACGAAGGCUUCGAUUUAAUUAUAAUGGACAUACUGACCUCUGAAGCUUUGGUGGGCCUAGGCGAACAUUUUCAUGCACCCAUGGUGGCUGUCUCCACAUUUGGUUCGGCGGGUUUCAUGGAUGAAAUGGUUGGUAAUCCCUCACCAUUGUCUUAUAUACCUCAUAUGGCUUUACCCUUCGGCAAUCACAUGACACUGUGGGAGCGAUUGGUUAACGUUGCCAUGGAAACCGUAGACAAGUUAAGUUUUCACUUGUUAAUGUUACCGCAUCAGGACCAGGUGUAUAAGAAAUAUUUUCCCAAUGCCAAAAUGAGCCUAAAUGAGGCACGUCAAAAUGUUUCCUUGGUUCUCUUAAAUGACCAUUUCUCACUGAGAGCACCCAGACCUUAUGUACCCAAUAUGAUAGAGGUGGGAGGAAUGCAUAUUAAACGCCAAGCUGAUCCUUUGCCCCAGGACCUGCAACAGAUUUUGGAUGAGUCACCCGAAGGUGUGGUCUACUUUUCCCUGGGAUCGAAUGUAAAAAGUAAGGAUUUGAAUAAGGAUUUAUUGAAUGCCUUCCUGGAAGCCUUUAGGGAAGUAAAACUUAAGGUUUUGUGGAAAUUUGAAAAUGAUGAGUUGCCCAACAAGCCGGAGAAUGUCAUCAUACGUAAAUGGUUUCCACAACCCUCGGUAUUGGCCCAUCCCAAUGUGAAACUCUUUAUAUCCCAUGGAGGAUUUCUGAGUACCACCGAAACCAUAUACCAUGGCAAGCCCAUUUUGGGCAUACCCUUUUUGGGUGAUCAAUUUAUGAAUGUUAAAAAUGCUGUUAAAGCUGGCUAUGCUCUCUCCUUGAAGCUGGAAGAUGUUACCAAGGAUUCAUUGAAGUCUGCAAUCAUGGAACUCUGGACAAAUCCUCGUUAUGCCCAAGCUGUACAGCAAAAAUCGAAAUAUUUCCGUGAUACACCCUUAACGCCUUUGGAAACCGCCGUCUAUUGGAUGGAAUAUGUGAUACGGCAUAAGGGAUGCCCUCAUAUGCGUAAUGCUGGUCAAGAUUUGAAUUUUAUUCAGUAUCAUAACAUUGAUGUUUUUGCGAUUGUGGCUUCUGCUAUGGUGUUACUGGUCACCUUGCUGGUGGCUAUACUAAGAAAACUAAAACAGUUGCUAUUUGGCAACUCGAAGAGAAAGGGAAAUGCAAAAAAUAGUAAAAAGUCUAAGUUAAACUAAAAA